AUGUUACUAUCUAAGGGAAGCUCUCGAAAGGAGUUCUUACACCAAAACAAAUUGCAAGACGCAGCUACAGAAGAACAAGACAGUCAAGAUGCCAUUCGUCGAGGGAGAAGCGAACAAAUUAGAGACUGGCCAAACGAAGCAGGGUUUCAGGCACUUCACGAAGAAACAGUUCCCGUAAAUCUGACAGUGGAAGGAAGCUUUCCAAAAUAUACACAAGGAGUUCUUUACAGGACAGGGCCGGGAUCUUGGAAAGUAGAAAAUCCAGGCAAGAAAGACUUCAACUGCUCCCAUUGGUUCGAUGGAUUUGUUCAUUCCCAUCGCUUUGAGAUUACAUCUCAAACUUCAGGCAAAUCUCCAACGAGUGUAAUAUACACCUCACGAAGCCAAGCAAAGCCACUGAUUGAAGCACUACGCCAAAAUCCCGAACUUGGAAUGAGUUUUGGUCAGAAGCAAGACCCAUGCGUUGGGGUCUUUGGCAAAUUAAUGUCUAUCUUCAAGUCCAAAAUUGUCGCUCGCCCAGCUGAACAACAUAAUCUCGGUGUCACUGUGCUCCCCAAUCAUCCAGGGUUUCAAAACAAGGGUGAUGAGAAAACCACUUCAGGUCAUAACCCAGACAUCAAGAACGUUUGGCUCGGAACAGACAAUUCUCUGAUGAUGAAGAUGGAUCCGAUUUCUCUCAAAGUCGAAGGCUUUGCUUCUCAGAAAGACAUGAAUCCGGAAUUGAGUGGACCCAUUGCAUGUGCUCACUCUCAGAGGGACCACCUUACCGGUGACCUGUACAACUUCAAUCUCGCGUUCGGCAAGGAAGCAGUCUACAAAGUAUUCCGUGUUUCUGCUCACACUGGGGAGACUGAUAUCCUGGCAACGCUGUCAGGUCCUAGAAUUCUUCCUGCAUAUAUUCACUCGUUCUUCCUUACUGAUGAUUUUGUUGUCCUUGCCAUCUGGAGCUCUCAUUUCGGGCUUAAUGGUCUCAAAAUCAUGUGGAAUCAGAACAUAUUAGAUGGAAUUGACCCGUUCGACAAGUCAAAGGCAGUGAAGUGGCUGGUUAUCGAUCGAAAACACGGCAAAGGCCUCGUUGCAGAGUUCGAUAGUGAAGCAGCUUUCAGCUUCCAUACCGUCAAUGCGUGGCAAGAAUCGAGUUCUAAUGGCACAUUCAACAUCAUCUGCGACGUCAUUUGCUACGACUCUCUAGAUAUUCUCCACUCACUUUACUACACCAACAUCCGAUCGGAGGGCGAGGGAGCAGUCACGUUCGCAAAUGAGAAGGGAGAUUCCUCUCGAAGCCACUUCGCUCGCUUCAGAUUGACCAGUAUCGAUCCAUCUCGCCCUCUAGUCAGAGGUCCAAAAGUCACAGCACCACUUGCGGAAGAACUCUUCAGAGUCAAAUCACCUCAUACCGGGGAUCUCCCUACGAUCAAUCCACUUUUCUCCACCCGGCGCUCAAGAUAUGUCUACACCCUUGUCAACAGGGGAUAUUCGGCCUUCAUUGAUGGGAUUUCGAAAUUCGACACCGAGACUCGUAAUACCAUAUUCUGGGACAAUCCAUUCGGCCACACACCAGGUGAAGCGAUAUUUGUUCCUAACCCUGAUGGUACUGAGGAAGACGAUGGUGUGCUACUGAGUGUGAUUCUGGACGGAAUCAAAGGUACCAGCUAUCUUGUUUGCCUGAGUGCAAAGACAAUGGAGGAGGUGGGCAAGGCUUCAGUAGGGAGUGCGGUGGCCCUGGGAUUUCAUGGUACUUUUGUCGCGGGUAAUUGA